CAUAGAAAUUUAUGCGGGGCAAAACUGAAAGAUUGAUGCACUUUAUCGUUUUAUGCUUAAAUGUUUUAUUACGAUGUCUCUUGAAGCAAUAAUGAGAUGCCAUGAUGGAAAUAAUGUUACAUGGGUCUUGGAGAAACGUAUGGUCCAGAUCCUAGAUAAACCCCCGACACCACCACCUUUACCUUUUCGUUUAAAAACACAUUUUUUAUGGUUACCAUAUAUCCAAAAAUUUUAUCUAUUUCCUGUUUCUCAAUUACAGGACAUAGUCAGCGAACACCCUGAAAGGUUCUUUAUUGCAGAAAUUGUAAGGGAAAAGAUCUUCAUGCAGUAUAGAAACGAAGUGCCAUAUGCAUGCCAGGUAAACGUUGUCAAUUACAUUUGUAGGCCUACUGCAAAGGACUUUAUUCAAGUUGAAAUUGUUGUUGAGAAGAACUCUCAAAAAAUCAUCCUCAUUGGGAAGGAUGGGAAGGCUUUGAAAAUGCUAGCAACAGCUUCGCGGCUUGAUAUUGAAGUUUUCCUGCUAAAAAAAGUCUAUCUCGAGGUUGUAGUGAAGGUUAAAGAAAAUUGGCGGCAAGAUGAAAGCCUCCUGAAGAACUAUGGUUAUGAUGGUCAGAUUCGUGUUGUUUGAAGCAGUUAUUAUUCAUCAUGUAUCUUAGCUUCUUCUAGUGUAUACUGGUUUGAGUUGAUAUACAGCAGAACCUGAUGCGCAGGAAACCUAUAAGCUGCAGCAGAAUCGAUCAUUGUCCUACCUAUUGCGAAGUAAUAUUUCUGGACAUUGUAGCAUAAUUAUGAAGAGAUAUCGAUAGCGCUCGCUGCGGCUCUUUUUUUUUUUCUCUUUCGGAAUUUUGGUUGGUGGCAAUGUGCAAAGGACGUUGAGCAUGAAGAGCCCGUUGUCUCAUUCUUCUCAUGAAAUUGUCCUGCACUGCUAUUGUAUUUAUUAGCGUGACAAUCUUUUUUGAUCUUAUGAAUUGUCAUUAAUUCCUUUGUGUGUGAUAUGUAAUACAUAUAUUUAAAAAAAUGUUGUUCGAUUUUCUAUUAUUUGAUUGCUAUCAA